AUAUACAUAGAUGCCGCACCCUGGCUUGUGGGAUGCGUCAAUACCGCCGCCAUCUUGCCUAGGUGCUCUGACCGGCUCAGACCCAUGUCAGACUCGGCAAAAAUGCCACAUUUUUGCUCUGCAUUUGGGUGUACGAACGAAAGAAGUGUUAAAACCAAGCAGAAGGGAAUAACAUUCCACAGUUUCCCAAAAAACACAGAUAGGAGACGGGCAUGGGUAGCAGCAGUGAGGAGAAAGGACUUUGUCCCGAGUGACUCCUCAGUCAUCUGCAGCUGUCACUUCAGACCUGAGGACUUCGACAGGACUGGGCAGACUCCUAAAAAUAAUACUAGCUACUGUACACUGUAUUUUUUGUAAAUAUGACCUAAUAAUGUAAACAGUUCUGUGUCCAGGCUCCCAUGAGCACUGUGGUGUUAUACAUAUGAGAUUAAAGCAAAAUUUUGUGUAAACAUGCAGCUCUAAGUCAUUUAUUUUCACUUGUACAAAACCAACAUUUGUUAAUCAGAAUCUACACUGCAGCUCGGCACAACCCUGCUGAUACACUAUUUUUUGCACAUUGUGUGAAAUGUGAAUAAACAUUUAUAGUCAAAAUUAAUAAUUAAAUGACAUCAUGGUGGGCAUUGUACAUCUAGUAAGAAAAAAGAAUAUUUAUUACAUGGGGAAAGUUUAGUUUAAAUGUGUUGUAGAACUAUUACUGUUACUUUAUCUACAUAAGAUCAAAUAUUUUGGUAUGAAAAGCUGCAUUUUUUAUUUAACCAAGUAUCCUGUAUCAUAACUACAUGUCUGACAAUUGUAACAAACCAAACCGCAUGAAAAUCGGUUGAGAAUUCAGCGAGUAAUGAUGAUUUUAAUCCUAAAUAAUCUCCUGCCUCAAUAGACAUACAUGCAUUAGGCAGCGCGGCUCCACCUGGGCAAGAUGGCGGCCGCGUUGACGUAUCGCUCCAAUGAGGAGCACCGUUGAAUGCGGCAUCUACGUAUAUAUAUCUAUGCCCCGCCAUGCUCGGUUGUAAUCAGACACCGCUGCUGUACUUUGCGGACUGUAAUCUACGCAGAAGACGUUCUUACAGGAAAGCUGCCAUCUCCGACCUUCCACACGGGACCUGAAUGUAGCAUGCGUCCAGUCAACGGGAGGUUGAGCAGGAUGAGAAUGGGCAGCUAGCAGCUGGUCUGCAUCUCAACAGCAGUAACAGUAGCAUCCCUGUGAAGCUCGAUGACAGACCCACUGAAAUCCUCCUAAGCAGAAAACCACAGAAGAAGUGACAGGAAAGAAAGAUGGACUCUAUCUCUAUGAUGGGCAGCAGGAGCCCUGUGUUCCUCACAACCCCAUCCUCCCACCACCUCCAACACACACAGACCUGUUUCCUGCCCAAUGGCACAAAGAGCCGAAUUGGAGAUGCAGAGACUGCCCAUCUGCUUGCCCAGCCCACAGUGGCCAUCCUGGGCUCAGGUGACUUCUCCAAGUGCCUGACCAUCCGUCUGCUGCGAUGUGGCUUCCAUGUGGUGGUGGGAAGCCGCCAUCCCAAACUGGUAGCCCAGUCAUUUCCUCAUGUGGUGGAUGUGACCCACCAUGAAGAUGCUGUGGGGAAGGCCAGCAUCGUGUUCCUGGCAAUCCGCCGUGAGCACUACUCUUUCCUGUGGGACCUCAAGCAUCUACUGGAAGGAAAGAUCCUUGUGGACGUGAGUAACAACAGGAGGGUGAACCAGUAUCCAGAGUCUAAUGCUGAGUAUCUGGCUUCACUGCUGCCAGACUCUAUUACGGUCAAAGGCUUCAAUGUCAUCUCAGCCUGGGCCAUGCAACAGAGCUGCCCCAAAGAUGCCAGCACACAGGUGUUCAUCUGCAGUGACUCAGUGGAUGCUCGACAGCAGAUUAUGGAAUUAGCCCGCCAGCUCAACUUCCAGCCGGUGGAUAUGGGCACCCUGUCCUCUUCGCGGGACAUUGAGAACAUUCCCAUACAGUUAUUUCCUGGCUGGAAGGGCCCUGUCCUUGCUGCUGUGGCCCUGUCCAUCUUCUUUUUUUCUUACUCGUUUGUACGAGAUAUCAUCCACCCAUAUGUGAAACACAAGCAGAGUGACUUCUAUAAGAUCCCCAUAGAGAUGGUGAACCGGACACUGCCGACUGUUGCCAUCACUCUGUUGGCCUUGGUGUACCUGGCAGGCCAGCUGGCAGCUGCCCACCAGCUCUACUAUGGUACCAAGUACAGACAUUUCCCACACUGGCUGGAGGGCUGGCUGCAGAGCCGCAAACAGCUGGGCCUCCUGAGCUUCUUCCUGGCUGCUGUCCAUGUACUCUACAGCCUCUGUCUGCCCAUGAGGAGGUCUGAGAGGUACCUGCUGCUCAACACUGCCUACCAGCAGGUCCAUGCUAAUGUGGAGAAUGCAUGGAAUGAGGAGGAAGUGUGGAGGGUGGAGAUGUACGUUUCCUUUGGGAUCAUGAGUCUUGGGCUCCUGUCGCUUCUGGCCAUUACCUCCAUUCCCUCUGUCCACAGCACUCUCAACUGGAGGGAGUUCAGCUUCAUACAGUCCACGCUAGGCUACAUCGCUCUGCUCAUUGCUACUUUCCACGGCCUGCUGUUUGGAUGGAAGCGAGCCUUUGAGGAGGAAGCCUACCGUUUCUACCUGCCCCCCAGCUUUGUGGUGGCCCUGGCCCUGCCGGUGUGUGUUAUCCUGGGGAAGGUGCUGAUGCUGCUUCCUUGUGUGGCCAGCAAGCUCCACAGAGUCCGCCGGGGCCUGGACAGCAAUCACCACCGGUGCCAGCGCCUGGAGCCAGUGGGCUCAGCUGCCCACGUUUCACCUGAGAGAAUUACCAUCAUGUGAUUGCUGCAGCACAGAGCUGUUUGCUCGCUCAUUGUUUUGAUUUACCAGUACUGCCAUAAUUAGUUGUUUUAUUGAAGGACAUGAACACUAUUAAUUCAUGAUUCUCAAGGGGGGGGGGGUAUUCUUACUAUGUUACAGUAGACAGUUUUUGCUGAUGUGAAUUGUGUAGUGAUUAGCUGUUACUAUUCACUUAAACUCCUGACCUCGUGUUGUUAUUGCUGGUGUGUUACAGUUUGUCCAUCUAAACUGUAAAAUGGAAUAUUCUUCACUUGAUUGUAUCUGUAUUUCACAAAUUCUUGUUUUAGACAUUACACUGAGCUACAGAGUUUUUGUCAUGACUGAACUCUAAUUUUAUUUGUUCUACUCGGCAGGGGAAAACAGAUGCAUACAAUACAUUCUCACUCUGACCUCGUCACAUAUCAGCGUUUGGUCAUGGACUUUCCACGUCGACAUAACACAUGCAAGGUACCCUGGGUGCAUUGGUUGUUGACGUUCUGGGACACCAUGUAAACUUUAGCCUGUUACAUGCAUUGUCUGUUUUCAAAAUACACUUCAGUUUUCACAAGUUUUCUUUUCAGUAUUGUUUGUAUUCUCACAGUUCACAACAAAAUAACUCAAUUUGGAAAUGGGUAAGUCACAUAUGAGAAAUUAUAUCAAGUUAGAUCAGAUUGGGGCACAUUACUAGUUUCUGUUACAUCCUUUAGUGUUUGAAAUUGUUCCUGUUUUAGUUAAAUUGAGCCUCAUGCAAGAGGCAAUAUAAACAAAUUUUCUCUUAUUUUUGUUUGUAUUUACUGUUUGUCCUUAUUUGUUAGUACCCAUUAAUUUCAAGGAUUCAUCAAUGUUUUAUUAUUUUGGCUCUUGUCUUUGGUAUGA